GUGCAGUGGUGUGUUUCACAAUGUCACAAUGACAAGGAGUUCACUUUCCUUUCCUUUCCUUAAAAGACCCCCAAAUCAUGAUUUGAAUAAUGGAAAAGUAAUGAUUUCAUUCUUAAUUAAUGUCCUUAAAACAAUGAUUUCGUCUUCUUCUUCCUCUUUGACAUCCAUGAUGAAUGAAUCUCAUUCGGGGCCUUCAAGACAAACACAAGACACCUACAGUGUGCUCUUACUUUUACAAUAACCGCGCCUGACUUCCGUCGCUGCUGCGGAACUCUGCCGCUCUCUUGCCGACGCGUCACCCAGAGCGCAUUCCGGUUACAGUGCGUUCGCAGUGAACCACGGAGGCUGCGCAUUCCUCUGUAGGCGCGGUGAACUUUCCUGAGUGGCUUCUUUUCACCUGUUUUUUUUUUAAAGAAAAUAAAAAGUUAAUUUUAGCCAAUGUGUUGAGUAAGCGUUGUUCACAGUGGCAUCGUUUGCGCUCCGGUGGCUGUGGACAGGAGAGACAGUGAGGAAUGGAUAAGAAAUCAGAGUCUGUACCUGCGCGUUAAAAGGGAGGCAGACUGAGAGACUGCAGUGGUUUUUGGCCAUGGCUGGCUGUUGGCAGUGGUGCCGCCGCACCUGCGUGUGCUGUCUGUCGGAGGAGGAGAAGAGGACCGUCGCUGUGGACCGGGCCAUCAAACAGGAGCUCAAGCAGCAGAAGAAGAAGGAGAAAAAGGAGAUCAAAAUCCUGCUGCUGGGAACGGGAGAAAGUGGAAAAACAACCUUCCUCCGACAAAUGAGGAUCAUCCAUGGGCGGGGCUUUUCAGAAGAAGAGAGAAAAACCUUUGCUAAAUUAAUCUUCCAGAACAUCUUCACAGCUAUCAAGGCCAUGACUGGAGCCAUGACCAUGCUGAAGAUCCCCUACGCCAACCCAGAGAAUGAGAUGUUUGCCAAAUGGCUGCAGGAAGUAAACACGGUGCAGAUCGCCCAGCUGGAGCGAGGUUACGUAGAGGCAAUCCGCCGCCUGUGGGCAGACCCCGGCAUCCGUGUCUGUUACGGCCGCCGCUGCGAGUACCAACUGUUGGACUCCACAGAGUACUACAUGAACAGUUUGGAGAGAAUAUCCAGCCAGGACUACAUCCCUACAGAACAGGACGUGCUGAGAGUUCGAUUCCCCACCACAGGAAUUCACGACUACUCCUUCACUAUCAAGACCAUCACGCUAAGGAUUGUGGAUGUUGGUGGUCAGAAAUCAGAGCGUCGGAAAUGGAUACACUGUUUUGAAAAUGUAACUUCCCUCAUUUUCCUGGCCUCCCUUAGUGAAUACGACCAGGUCCUGGAGGAGAGAGACACCAUAAACCGAAUGCACGAGAGCCUGGCUCUGUUCUACACCACCAUCCAUUCGCCCUGGUUCCGUAACACCUCCAUUAUCCUCUUCCUCAACAAGACUGACAUACUGGCUGAUAAAAUCCAGACCUCAGACCUGCAGAAAUACUUCCCCAACUUCACAGGUAAGAGGCGUGAUACAGAAGAUGCUAAAAACUUUAUCCGCAAGAUGUACGAGCAGAACGCCAUCAACCGGGACAAGAAGGACGAGUGGAAAACACUUUACCCACACUUCACGUGCGCUACAGACACCAACAACAUCCGCCGGGUGUUCAGCGAUGUCAAGGACACAGUACUGCUCAAAUCUCUAAUUGACUACGGAGUCAUGUGAUAUAUUUUACGUUGGCAAAAAUUGGGAGAAACGAUUGGGCUCUCGUCCCUGUCUGUUUCUCACCUGCACGAUUGGGACCAGAGAUGAAGGACAUGGUGUAACUUCUUAAGAUUCUUUCUUAAGCUUGGACUCACAUCUCCUUCUACUCUUCGUCCAGAGGAAGACGCUGGGGAAAAAAAUAUAAUAGUCCUGUCUUGCCCCAUUCUUUUUCCAAUCUCAAGUAGACAACUUGAAACACAUUUCGGGAGGAUUCUGGACAGAGACACGAAAUGACUGCACAGCUUCCGACGGUGAAGCGAUGAGAUUAAAAUCAGUCUUGUUGUCCCUCAGCCAGCAGCUUUUCCCUGUGUUUAGAAUUUUGGCUUUUAGCAACAAGUGUUUGGGUCUUGCAGUGACUGAGCUGAAUCAUAAUUGAAGCACGAGUCAUCACACAGCCCAAAGCAGCGCAUCAUUAAUGAUGUUGUUGUUUAUGUCUGUGAUUGUCAUAUUGUCAUCUCACGGCUCAGCACAGCAGCACCGGGCACAGUUUCUCUCAGCUCCUGUGUGCCGUCUGGUGUCGCCUAAAGUCAUCCUGACAUUCCUGCCUUCCUAUAGUCUCUCUUUUUAGACACUGGUGCUUGUGAGCGGUGCCUAACAGAUUUGUGAACGUGGCCUGUACUGUGUGUUCAUUAACACACACACACGGAGACUCUUUGUUAUUCAACUGCUCCCCACAGUAAGACGUUCUAACUCUAACAAGUCCCUGAGGAAAAGUGUAUAUAUCAUGGAUGGAUGUGACUGCCGAUGUCCACACACACACAUUCUCUUUGUGUGUACAGACAAUGAGAAUGGACACGUCAUUGGCCCUGCAGCCUGGGUAAAAAAGAGGGAAAGGUGGACAGACAGAGUAAACUUGGACCAAAAGACAUUUUUACAACGUCAGAGUUUGUUAACAGCUUGUUUUUCAUUUUAAGUCAUCUAUGAUUUCUUAAACAGAGAAAUGGGUUUGAGUAAACUGUGAAGAAAGUAAUCUGAGGACCACAGGCAGAUGUACAUUAUUAAAACAUCACAUCUGCUGAGAAGUUCCUGUUUAGGACACUUGAUGGCAGCCUGUUGCACAGACGCUGAAUGUGUGUGUGUUUUAACUGUUUCAUGGUAAAAGGGAACACUCAGCAUUUACUUAACAUCGUUGGUUCAACAGACAUUUCUUUGAAUCUUUCAUCAUCCACACACCCAUGGUACGUCAAGACGUCACUGAAGGGUUCCCCCUGACUUUGGUUUGUCAUAGUCGUGUUUUAUUCAAAAAGCAGGUUCAGUUCAAGCGUUCUCUGCUUUGGUUAGUUUGAUUUUGUUGUGUUAUUGAUUGACUCACUAAUUAUAUUCAAGAAGAAAGCAUACAGUUAUUACCAGAAAUGAAAUCCUAGAAAAGAAAUGGCCUUGCAAUACUGUUGCAGCUUUUAAAUGUUCAUUUCUCGCUGCGUUAGACAAAUCGCUGUUAGACUUGACAUUUGAACUGUAGCCGUAUCAAAAUUCUAAAAUCUCCAGUCCUGCAGCAGCUUAAAGAAAAUAAAAAAAACAAUUACAGUCUCUGUUAUUCUAAUACAGUCGUUCUUCUAAAGCUGUUUAGUUCUGCGUUAUUUGUUAUAUGUUUUUGACUUUAUUAAAUUGAUUCCACAAGUUCAAGCACAAAUCACACUGGGUGGUGGACAGGUUUUCAAAGGUCACAACAAUACAAAUGAAAACAGGUUGUGGGGGAAAAAACUGUUUGGUUCAUGCUGGGAGUUCAAUCAACAGCAGUGGAGCAAAAGAGGAAUAAUAAUAAUAAUAAUAAUCCACUGUUCAGGCACACUGUUCUGCUGGGUAAAGGGUAAAGAAUAUUAAUAUGAGGUGGCAGUGUGAUCUCUUUCUGGUCCUAUUUUUAUCUGUGGUGGAGAGACGUUAUUUUCUUUUCUUACCCGAAGAGUUCUACUGCGUGUGCGUCAUUGACUGUCAAGGGCCUGUUGAAUGGAAAAUGACAAUUUUGUAAAUUGAUGAGGAGCUAAUAUUAGUUUACAGUGUGUCUGUUAAGUGGUUUCAGCUGCUUUUUAAAAUGUCGUGUCCAACCUGUUUGGAUGUGGACAACGUCACUUUAUGCGUUCAAAGAUGGUACAAACACUCCUGAACCUUCUCCACUCAGACGGUUCUGAUUGACCUACUGUGUGAGACCAAUGUUAUUUAAUGUCCACAUACAGUGUAUAUACUACGAUCACAGAGCAGAUUGACUAGUGAACUACUGAGCUGUACUGGGUGUCCCCCCUCUCACACGAUGUGUUGUUUGUGUGUAGACUCGGGUAAAAACAGAGAACAGAUUCAUUAUUUUUUGCAUUAAAACAUUGAAACUCCUUUAAA